AUGGCUUCGUGGCUGCAAAUCCCCAAGAACUCGCCCUUCUCGCUGGCGAACAUCCCAUUCGGUAUAAUUUCAUCCUCGAAGAUCUCAUCGCGAGUCCCGGCUGUCGCAAUCGGAGACCAUGCAUUGAACCUAAGCGCAUUUGCCUCCUCCGGCGGUUUCUCCCAACUUCCCGCCAUCCAAUCUCACCUGAACGUCUUCAGCCAGCCCACUCUGAACGCAUUUGCUGCCCUCGGACGACCAGUGCACCGCCAGGUCCGCGAAUACAUCCAGAAAGUCUUCAGCACAGAGACACCCUUCCCACAGAUCCUCAAAGACAACGCCACGCUCCAGCAGGAGGCUCUUCUACCACUGUCGGAGGUGACCAACCACCUUCCUCUGCAGAUUGGCGACUACACAGACUUCUAUGCCGGUCUCAACCAUGCCUACAACAUUGGAGUCCUCUUCCGUGGCCCAGACAACGCGCUGCAGCCAAACUACAAGCACCUCCCCGUGGCUUAUCACGGCCGCGCCUCGUCCGUGGUCACAUCUGGCACACCUAUCCACCGUCCCCAAGGCCAAAUCUUGACCAACCCCGCCGCGAACCCUAAAGUCCCCGAGUUCUCCCCAUGCAGAAAGCUCGAUAUCGAACUAGAAUUGGCGUUCUUCGUCUCAACGCCUAAUGACUUGGGCCACCCUGUUCAUAUUGAUAAUGCGGAAGACCAUAUCUUCGGAGUGGUGCUUAUGAACGACUGGUCCGCCCGUGACAUCCAGGCGUGGGAGUACGUUCCCCUAGGCCCGUUCAACGCAAAGAACUUUGGUACAACAAUCACCCCUUGGGUGGUCUUGGUUGAUGCUCUCGAGCCCUUCCGCACCACCGGUCUAGAGCCCGGAAACAGGGAGUCGCUUCUGCCGUAUCUGCGGGAGAAGCGGGCCAAUACUGCCUAUGACAUCCCGCUAGAAGUUGAAGUCACAAACGCAGGCGGCAAGCCUACUGUGAUUUCUCACAGUAACGCAAAAAACCUUCUGUACUCUUUCCCUCAGAUGCUGGCCCACCAUACCAUCACAGGGUGCAACCUGAACACCGGUGAUCUUCUCGGCAGUGGUACGAUCUCCGGCAAGGAGAACCAGACUGAAGGCAGCUUCCUCGAGCAGACAAACGGAAAGAACCCGAUCAAGCUUGCUGACGGGUCGGAGCGUCUUUUCUUGGAGGACGGUGACACUGUGACUCUUCGCGGUAUGGCGGGCACGGAAGGUAACUAUGUAGGGUUCGGCGAUUGUGUCGGAACCAUCGUGCCACCCGUGAAGCUGAAUUUCUGA